AGCAACAACAGCAGCAGCAGCAGCAACAACAACAGCAGCAACAACAACAACAGCAGCAGGUGGCCGCAGCAGCAGCUGCUGUUAAGAUGCAGCUAGCCGGCGGCACGCCCACCUUCACAUUCAGCGCUCUGCCCAACGUGACGGCGGCCACCUCGGUGCCGGUGCCGGUCCCAGUGCCGGUGUCGGCGGCUGCAGCAUCCGUGGCAAAUGUGAGCGCCAGCAACGUGGCAGCCGCGGCUACAGUCACCCAGCAGCAGCAGCAGCAGCAGCAGCAGCCAGGCGACAGCUACGAGGAGCGCAUCAAUUACUUCAAGGUGAAGGAGGCAGAGCUGCGCUGCAAGGAGCAGCAGCUGGCCACCGAGGCGAAGAAGAUCGAGGUGAACAAGGCGCAGGACGAGCUCAAGUACAUGCGCGAGGUGCACCGGCUGCGCGUCGAGGAGCUCAAGAUGAAGAUACGCAUACUGGAGAAGGAGGAGGAGCAGCUGCGCAAGAACAGCACCACAUGAGAUCUGGAGGACAUUAGCGAUGCUGAGCCAGACGUCGAGUUCGAUGAGCCGCAGCAACAGCAAUACAUGGAAUUGGAUAUGCAAUUGCUGCUGUAGACGGAAGGAAACAGCAGCCAGAAUUAUAUAUAUAUAUAUAUAUAUAGUCUACAACUUUAUCGAUAGCUAUUUUAAUGCCCGUUUUCCUCGAUUAACUUAAAUCUAUUUUUUUUUUUUGUAAUGUGAAAAGAAUUAUUGUUUUAUGGGUGGGCGGGACGGCGGGCUGUAUUCGGCUGGCCGUAUUUUACGAUUAGCGAUUAGCGAUUACGAAAUACCGAUUACCGAUUAACACUUCAAGCGAUUGCCGAUUAAUGUUAAGCGUUCAAUUAUCGAUUGAUCAAUCGCCCUUAGCGCUAAGACAAGUCUCAAAUUGUAAUUGUAUCUCGCAUGUGAAAUACAGUGAAACAAGCAUAAAGCGUAC